AUGGUUUUAGAUUAUAACCAUAGAUGGCCGCUCCGGCUCGGGCUGAAAUGGCACUGUGUGGACUGCAAUACGACUGAGUCGAUUUGGGCUUGCCUUAGCUGUUCCCAUGUUGCCUGUGGAAGAUAUACUGAAGAGCAUGCACUCAAGCACUUUCAAGAAAGCAGUCAUCCUAUUGCAUUGGAGGUGAAUGAGAUGUGUGUUUUUUGUUACCUUUGUGAUGAUUAUGUUCUUAACGAUAAUGCAACUGGAGACCUGAAGUUACUACGAAGUACAUUAAGUGCAAUCAAAAGUCAAAAUUAUCACUGCACUGCUCGUAGUGGAAGGGUUUUACGGUCUAUGGGUACAAGUGAUGAUUCUUAUUUCUUACAUGAUGGCGCCCAAUCUCUGCUUCAAAAUGAAGAUCAAAUGUAUACCGCUCUUUGGCACAGGAGAAGGAUGCUCAUGGGUAAAAUCUUUAGAAUGUGGUUUGAACAGUCACCCAUUGGAAGAAAAAGGCAAGAAGAACAAUUUCAGGAAAAGAUAGUAGCAAAAAGAGUAGUGAAGAAAAGACGGCAAGAAUUAGAGGAUCAAGUUAAAGCAGAAUUGGAAAGUAUGCCUGCAAGAAAGAGUUUACGUUUGCAAGGUCUAGCUCAGUCCACCACAAUAGAAAUAGUUCCUGUUCAAGUACCACCACAAACUCCAGCAUCACCAGCAAAAGAUGAAGUAGUACCUACGUCAGAAGAUGUAGGACUUAAAAAAAUCAGUGACUCCUCAGUUAAACGAAGGCCAAUAGUAACUCCUGGUGUAACAGGAUUGAGAAAUUUGGGAAAUACUUGCUAUAUGAAUUCUGUUCUUCAGGUAUUGAGUCAUUUACUUAUUUUUCGACAAUGUUUUUUAAAGCUUGAUCUGAACCAAUGGCUGGCAGUGACUGCAAGUGAUAAGACAAGAUCUGCUUAUAAGCAUCUAGCAGUUACAGAUACAGUAGUAUAUCAAAUGAAUGAAUGCCAAGAAAAAGAUACAGGUUUUGUUCGGUCUGAACAUUCAAGUUUGUCAUCAGGACUAAGUGGUGGGGCAUCAAAAAGUAGAAAGAUGGAGCUUAUUCAGCCACGAGAGCCAAGUUCACAAUACAUUUCUCUUUGUCAUGAAUUGCAUACUUUAUUCCAAGUCAUGUGGUCUGGAAAGUGGGCCUUGGUCUCACCAUUUGCUAUGCUACACUCAGUGUGGAGACUAAUUCCUGCUUUUCGUGGUUAUGCCCAACAAGUCGCUCAGGAAUUUCUUUGUGAACUUUUGGAUAAAAUACAAUAUGAACUAGAGACAACUGGUACCAGUUUACCAGCUCUUAUCCCCACUUCUCAAAGGAAACUUAUCAAACAAGUUCUGAAUGUUGUAAAUAACAUUUUUCAUGGACAACUUCUUAGUCAGGUUACAUGUCUUGCAUGUGACAACAAAUCAAAUACCAUAGAACCUUUCUGGGACUUGUCACUGGAAUUUCCAGAAAGAUACCAAUGCAGUGGGAAAGAUAUUGCUUCCCAGCCAUGUCUGGUUACUGAAAUGUUGGCCAAAUUUACAGAAACUGAAGCUUUAGAAGGAAAAAUCUAUGUAUGUGACCAGUGUAACUCAAAGUGUAGAAGGUUUUCCUCAAAACCAGUUGUACUCACAGAAGCCCAGAAACAGCUUAUGAUAUGCCACCUACCUCAGGUUCUCAGACUACACCUCAAAUGAUUCAGGUGGUCAGGACGUAAUAACCGAGAGAAGAUUGGUGUUCAUCUUGGCUUUGAAGAAAUCUUAAACAUGGAGCCCUAUUGCUGCAGGGAGACCCUGAAAUCCCUCAGACCCGAAUGCUUUAUCUAUGACUUACCUGCUGUAGUAAUGCACCACGGGAAAGGAUUUGGCUCAGGACACUAUACUGCCUACUGCUAUAAUUCUGAAGGAGGGUUCUGGGUACACUGCAAUGAUUCCAAGCUAAGCAUGUGCACUAUGGAUGAAGUAUGCAAGGCCCAAGCUUAUAUCUUGUUUUAUACUCAACGAGUUCCUGAGAAUGGACAUUCUAAACUCUUGCCUCCGGAGGUCCUGCUGGGUAGCCAGCAUCCCAGUGAAGAAGCUGAUACCUCUUCUAAUGAAACCCUUAGCUGAUCCAAAGACAGUGGGGCUUUCUUCUUGCGAUUUGUAUAUAUACUUUUUAAAAGGGCUGACUUACAAUUUUCAGCUUCA